AUGCAAAACACCAUGAUUCUGUUCCCACGGUACCAUCUCUUCGAGAUCGGGGAUCAAUCCUGGUGCCCGGAAUGGAUGAGAGCUUACAUACAAUCAUAUCUAACUCGCGUCUGGAAUCUACACAUCCCGCCUUUCAGCAAGGCCUCUCCAGCAGGUGUAGCAGCCGACCUUAUUCUCGAACAUGUGAAAGAUCCAGACUCCUUCACAUUUGUUGAUCUUUGCGCGGGUGCAGGCGGGCCAACCGGAACCCUCGAGCAUGUCUUAAAUGCGAAGCUUAGAGCGGAAGGCAGGCGAACGGCGCGAUUUGUUCUUACGGACCUGCACCCUCGCUUAGAGGAGUGGUCUGCCAUUAGCAGACGUCAGGAGAAUAUCUCAUUCAUCUCUGAGCCUAUGGACGCUGCGGAAUGUGAGAGAGUGGCGCCGGAGAACCGGAAGGAGUGCAGAAUCUUCAACUUGUGUUUUCAUCAUUUCGAUGAUAUGCUUGCGUCGACUAUAUUGCGGAAGGCGACGGAGUCUGCUGACUCUUUCAUAAUCUUUGAAUUUGCCCAGCGCAAUUUCACUUCGUUGCUUAACAUCCCAGUCAUGCUUCUUUUCCCUUUCUGGUACACACUUUGUCGGUAUUGGAAUUCCCCUCUGCAUCUGCUUUUCACCUAUGUGAUUCCCUUGUUAUCUUUACUCAUUUCCUUUGAUGGCCUGGUGUCGACAAUGCGUUGUCGGACACCAGAGGAGAUUCGGGCGCUUUUGGAUCGACAGGACAUGGACCUCAGUGACUGGGAAUUCAGAAGCGGGCACCGUAUGCUAUUCGCGCCGUUUGUACACAUUUACUAUUACGUCGGAGUCAGAAAGGAACAUUUGUAA